AUGCCCAUCACGCAGGACAACGCAGGGGUCUUCCUACCCCUCCUGUGCCAGUGGCUGCAGAACAGCCGUCGGGAGGGGGCUGAGGGUGCUGAGCAGCAGCUCUGCCGCUCGGCCGUCCAGAAGCUAAGCGAGUACAUCCAGCUCAACUUCUCUGUGGAUGAGAGCAAACUGCAGCCAGGGAGCUGUGGGACUUUGGAUACGGAGAUCUGCACCAUGUACCUGGCCCAGGAGAUGCGAAAAAACGAGGUUCUCGGGUUGAGCUUUGGGAACAUCCCUGCUCUGGGGGACUAUGGGGAGAAGCGCCGGGGAGGGAAGAAGAGGAAGGGGCAUAAGGGGCCGGUGCUCGACGUUGGGUGCAUCUGGGUGACGGAUUUGAAGAAAAACAGCCCAGCCGGGAAGUGCGGAAGAGUGCGCCUGAAAGACGAGAUCCUUUCCCUGAACGGCCAGCUGAUGGUCGGUGUGGACGUCACCGGUGCGAGUUACUUGGCCGAGCAGUGCUGGAAUGGCGGCUUCGUCUACCUGAUCAUGUUGCGCCGCAUCAAGCGCAAAGCCCCUCUUCCUCCCUCCAACGGCAACAACAGCAACAGCUGCGACCCCAAAGCCAAGCCUAGUCCCGAACCCGGCGACAGAGCCGCUCAAAAUGGGAAAAGGACCAGGAAGUUUGGGGUCAUCACCAGAACACCGGGCAGCAAGGACAGCAAAGAAAAGCCGGGCUCGGACCACGGGAACGGGCACUGCACCCCGAUGGAGGUGGAGGUUACUCAGCCGGAGACCUCUGAAGCAGAAAGCAAUGGGGAGGAGCAGCUGCGGGGCAGUGGGGGACAAUACCGGUGCCGGCUGUCAGAUGGCGGCGUGCCAGACAUUGGUGACCAGUCUACCCAGCGAGAAGGUUGCCGCAUAUGGAAGAUGCACAUCCUGAAGGGGACGGAUGGGCUGGGAAUCCAGAUAACAGGAGGCAGAGGGUCGAAGCGGUCCCCUCACAGCAUCAUCGUCACCCACGUGGAGGAAGGCGGCUCUGCACACAGGGACGGCAGGCUGACAGCGGGCGAUGAGCUCCUCAUGAUCAACGGGCAGUCACUGGUUGGGCUCUCCCACCAGGACGCCGUGGCCCUCCUUCGCUCGGCCGCUGGCCUGGUGCAGCUGGUGGUCGCUAGUAAGGAAUCUGCUGAAGGGGAUUUUCUGAAGUACCCAUCUACCAGUUUGCCAGACUUGCUUAGCACUUGCUCAGUCCAAGACUCUGUCUCUUGCACUGACAAUAAGGAAAACGAAGAGCCAGAAGAAGAAGAUGUGAAGGGAGCAAAUAUGUCUCCUGAAACGCUGGUUGCUGUGAUGGAAACUGAGAAGUCUCAAGAUCCAGCUUGUGCAGAAGUGUCCAAAGGAAACAACCAGAGUCCAACUCUGGGAAUUGGCAUACUGAAAUACAGAAGUCGAUCCCAAGGUGCUGGCUCCCGCUUGGAGUCUGUGGGAGAAGACGAUGAGCUGACAGUGGAAAACGGUGAAUCAAGUUACGAAAUAGCAGUGAAAUAUUCCCGGGGUGGAAGAAAGCACUCUCUGCCCCAGCAGCUGGAGUCGGCAGGAGCCAGGCAGGACUACCAUAUUGUGAAGAAAUCCACCCGUUCCUUCAGUGCUGCCCAAGUGGAAUCUCCAUGGAGACUGACCCAGCCUUCCAUCAUUUCCAACAUUGUCCUGAUGAAAGGACAAGGCAAGGGUCUUGGAUUCAGCAUUGUGGGAGGUCAGGAUUCUGCUCGCGGACGCAUGGGGAUUUUCGUGAAGACUAUAUUCCCAAAUGGAGCAGCGGCUGCUGAUGGAAGGCUUAAAGAAGGGGAUGAAAUCCUAGAAGUUAAUGGCGAGUCUCUACAAGGGCUGACCCAUCAGGAGGCCAUUCAGAGGUUUAAGCAACUGAAGAAAGGAGUGGUGACCCUGACGGUGCGCACGCGGCUGCGCAGCCCGAACCUCACGCCCUGUGCGACUCCCACCUUGCUGAGCCGCUCCAGCUCCCCCAGCUCCAGUGCCAGCGGUGGCACGCCAGUCCCCGGCCCUGAUGAGGCGGAUGGUUCCUCCUCCAGCCGCAAAGGACCCGGCCCGAAGGACAGGAUUGUCAUGGAUGUGACGCUCAAUAAAGAGCCAGGGGUUGGGCUCGGCAUUGGUGCCUGUUGUCUCACGCUGGAAAACAGUUCUCCGGGGAUAUACAUUCACAGCCUGGCCCCAGGAUCAGUGGCUAAAAUGGAUGGCAGAUUAAGUCGGGGUGACCAGAUCCUGGAGGCAGAUUCAGUGAGCCUGCGUCACGCAGCGUUAAGCGAAGCCUAUGCCAUCCUAAGCGAAUGCGGUCCAGGUCCGGUCAGCCUUAUCAUUAGCCGGCACCCUAACCCAAAGGUUUCUGAGCAGGAGAUGGAUGAAGCAAUCGCGCGUACUACCCACCGAGAGAACAAGGAUGCCAGCUCCUCUCAUGUUACAGGAGCUGUACAAAAAAGUCCGUCUCCUAGUGUGAAAGCCAAACAAGGAGAGACCUCAUCUCCCCUCAGCUGGACUAUGAAACGCUUCCUGGAGCCAGCAAGCCGGCAGGGAUCUGUCAGCUCCGAGGCAGAGCUUUCCCAGUACUUCUCGCAUGAUGGCACGAGCCAGCUCCCGUUUUCUGAUGCUGUAACCGGCUCCUGCGACGAGGAGCAGCUCCGUCAGAAGAACAGAAACAGUUUGUUGGAUGAUGGCUCUCUUCUUCCUAGCAACCUGACUGCUAGAGAAGCAGGAGUGGCAAAAGCAAAUGGUCUGGCUUCUCCGACUAGUGGGAGAUCGUCUGGCCUUCACAACAAGCAUGUGGAGUCUGUCCGACCUGGCAUCCUCAGCGACAGCCCCAAAUCUGCCCGCAGCCCCUUUCAUCGACAGAGGAGGGUUGUCUUCUACGACGGUGACGUUAGUGAUGAUGACGAAAGUUCCCACUUGCAAAGAAGCCAGAGGGCCAAGAGCCAGGAGGACGCUGGCAUUGUCAUUACAACCUCAUCUGUAGAAAUUGAUGAUGAGAGCCAGGACAGCGAGUCACCUAGAUACAGUGGCAUGGAGACGUCUUCCCCUGUCUUCAGCAACUCCGGGGAGUCUGCAGGCAGCACGCUGGAGCAAAUUGAGUCUCCCUUCUUCCCCAUCAUAGCGUUCGACUACUCAAGUGUGCCUGAAGUUCGUCUUAGCAGCCUGAGUCUGAAGGAGCUCCGGGAAGCACAACUCGAAGCUAAGAGGUCACCAAAACUUGAGCACAGGGCAGUCACAAGAGUGAAAAGCAUGAUGAGCACUGAGUGCCGAAGCCUGCAGAGACAGAGGACGGAGGAGCAUAGCUCUUACAACAAGCCUGUUGCAAGGAUGCUCCCUCACAGCAAGAAGUGUGAAGUACCUGAUGGGGCCGGGCAGGGGCAGGGUGAAAUAGUCACUCUGGUUCGCAAUGAGCACGAGUCAUUUGGCCUGGAUUUGGAAAUCCAGGCCAUGCCCUUAAAGGUUGUUGUCACAGGGCUGCGGCCAGGUGGAGCAGCAGAAAUGGGAUCAAUGGGCAAGAUGGCUGUAGGAGAUGAGAUUACCACCAUCAACAGUAUCCCAGUCAGUAAGAUGACGUACGAGGAAAUCUGCUUGCUUAUGCAGUGUCUUCCCACAUCCGUAACCCUGGAGAUCCAGAAGGCAGCACCAGCUGUCAGCAGAUUUACAAACCUCAUCCUGUCACCAGGGGUAGAGAGUCAAAAUCAGGCCAACAUCAACAGCAUCCUCGCAAGUGAGGAGGAACCCAGCGCCGGGAAGCGAGAAGGAGCAGGUUUGCAAAACGCUGGUGGCAGCUGUGCGGUGGAGAGAACAACACUGCCACCUGAUGCCACGAGCAAAGGCGUGCAGAGAGGUGCCACGAAAAGCAGCCGUGCCGAGGACAGCGCUGCCGUGCCCGUCACGGAUAUCGAUGACUUGCUCAGCCAAAUGGGCGCUCCUGAGAGCAGGGCUUCGCGCAUCCCGUCGCGAGUGGAAAGCCCCCUCCGAGAUGAGUACACCACGAUGUGCUGCUGUGGGACCGACGAAGGCUGUCCCGCAUCUGAUCCACGACCAGCCAAGGAGGAGCUGCCUGAAAAAAAUAAGAAUUGUGGAGCUAAUGCACAAGGGGUUUUGGGGCUGUCUGUGUUGGACUCCAUUAACACAGGCAAACUUUUUACUGUGAAUAAAAACUCUUUAAAUAACUAUUCUAGGAAUUUUAGCAGUUUAAAUGAGGAUGAGUUGCCUACAGCAAACUCUCUGGAAGGUAAGAGAAGCGACCCGUUUCCAAAGUCUAUGUAUGGGGCUGCAGAGGAUUCUCACUCAGACACAGAGUCUGUCACGGAAACCUUUGAUAAUGCUAAUGAGGCAUUGCUUGGGCCAUGCGUUGCUGCUAACGCCCCCGCAGUCUGUACUGUAACAGAGUCGGAUGAGGAGCAAAUUGAGAUUUGUUGCAUGAACGACGAGCUGCAAAAGCCUGCACAGGAACAGCAUCUCACAUCUGCAACAAGCUCUCUCUCCCCACUGUGCCCUUACGCCAGAAAAGUUGUGCAAACUACUGAGGGCUGUGCAAUGUGUGGGUCACUGGAGACAAGCAUCAACAAACUAGGCUUGGAAGAUCACGGUGGUCCCACUCCAUGUCCCUCACAGUGUUCAGAUGUGUCCUCUGCAUCCUUGUGUUCUUCUUCCUUGGUUUUCCUGCCAGAAAAAGACAUCGUAAAGAAUUCAGUCAGUGUCCCUGAAGUUUACUCUUUCUGUAACAAUGGUGCCUUAAGUACAGAAGAACAGAAGGGUUUGGGAAACAGUAACGGACAUACAAAAUGCUGUGAAUCCAUUGAAGAGGAAGGGUCUCUGCACUGCAAAAAGAUAAGCUUUUGCUCUGCUAGAAGUGUCAAUGGCUUGGAGAAUAACUCGCUUGAAAAAGAAGGAUGUCAUGAUGAGCAGAGAUCCAAAUCUGAAAGUGAAACUGUGGUUGAUGACUGUAAUCACGCUGUUAGUUACUGCUUAGUGAAGAAAGAAACCAACAGUUUGUCCAACUUGUCUAAAACAGACAGCAAUCAUGUGAAUGCAUCAUCAUCAAGAGCAAUAUCACUCAGGUCUCCCUUUCCCACUAGAUCUAAAGAUCCAAAGGCUAAUACAACUCAUGACUUGCCAGGGAAAAAUGAGAAAAUCAACUGUGUGACGUCAGGAAGGACUUCAAACGGCAAAGUCCAAAGCUCAGGCACAAAUCACUGCAAAGGAGCUGCAGUACCGCACAGCCCAUCCUUGCAGAAAAAAUCCUGUCAGGAGUCUAAGGGAAUGGCACAAAAAAAUAUAAUGGACACCUUUUUAAAUAACCAGAAGGCCAAAGCAGGGCCAAAGCUAAAAGGGUUCACCAUCAAAAGCAAAGCAAAGGUAAAUUCAGAUUCUUCUGGCAUUAAUCCUACCAAAGUCAGCGGGGCUGAUCAGAAAAGGGCUUCUGUUUCUCCACAGCUGUCCCCUAAACUCCUGGGGAAGAAAACACCCCUGUCCCGUAAUUCACCUACAAACCCAGAUCCUGGCAAGAGCAUUUCAGCAUCCUCAAGGACUCUGAAGUCAGAGCUAGAAAAUAAACAAUCUCUGGUCACUUCUGAAGAUUCACUUCUGCCUCUCCUGAAUGGCACCGGCAGCCCUACAGUGAGCGGUGAAAUGAAAUGUGGCUGUGGGGAGCUAACNNNNGGAAAACCAAAAGAAAAGCAAGUUUCCGUGCAGCCUGCAGUGUGCCAGGGUCAGGGUGCUAGGGUGGAUGAUUUCAGAGCCAGAGACGGUCAGUCCAAAGUCACUUCAUCUCCUCAGGGGAUACCAAAAGUGGAAUAUGUGAAAGGGAGGACUGAGAACUCUGGCACAGGCCUGAAUUCAAUCAAGAGCAUCUAUAGUGCAGAUGACCUUAGGCAAUUAGAUCUGCAAAAUGUGAGACCAUCUGCUGGAGGCUCUUCUUCAUUGAGGUCCCCCUCAGUUCAGCAGGAGCAGCUGGAAGGACAGGAGAUCCAGCGCACUUUCAUCGAGGUGAAGCUUUCCUCCUCUUCCUCUUCCUCCUCCUCCUCUGCCUCAUCCUCACCAGCAUCAUUUUUGCAGCUGCCAUUGCUGGAGAAAACAGAAGAGACAAACACAGAAGUGUCUCAGCUGACUGAGGAGAUGGGGACCGUGCAGUAUUUCUCAAAAGUGGAUACCGCCGGAGACAGAAAUCUCUGUUGCUUGUCGAAACCUGUGACAAGAACUUACUCGAUGCCGGCCCAGUUGUCUGGUCACUUGAGGGAGGACUGCCAUGUUGCAGAGGUUCAUCCCAUGCAAGGCCCCCAGGGCCACGCUGCAGAGGAGAAAUACCCCCAAGUGGCGACGGGGAUGUUAAAGAUGGUCCAUCUUAACCUGCCAAAUGGCCAUAGUGGGAAGGAGCAGGCAUACACCUCUAAAAGCACCCAGAGGCUCCAUGACACGUCCCCCUCAGCCAGUGGCAUUAGCUGCCCUGCUACUGACAAGCUGAGGAGCUUCAGGAGAAAUUACUACUACUAUGAACUGAACUGGCCGCAUGAACCUACCUCAUCCUUCUCUGUCAAACAGAGGAUCAAGUCCUUUGAAAACCUGGCAAAUUUCGACCGGCCCAUCGUCAAGGCCAUCGAUAUACACUCGGCCGCGAGGUCGCCCCUCACCAGAAGGUCGUGCGGUGGGAUGGCCACCGCAGCCAGCCCCAAAUAUAAAGCUGUCUUUUAUAUUUUUUCUGUUCAUUUUAGCUUGGAUCAGUUGCUUGUCUCAAGCUUGGACCAGCAAAAACUGCAAUCUGUUUUGUCAGCAGUAGUACCAAAAUGUGAUGUUGCUGCUAUGCUCCAAGAAGUCAAAGCACAAGUAAAGAGCAAGGAAGACACAUACUUCGUAGUCUUGCACAAAGAAGAAGGAGCUGGCCUGGGAUUUAGUGUUGCUGGAGGAAUAGAUCUGGAACAGAAAUCAGUCACAGUCCACAGAGUGUUUUCAAAGGGAGUGGCAUCUCAAGAAGGGACUAUUCGUCGAGGAGAUUUUGUUCUGUCAAUCAAUGGCAAGUCUCUUGCAAGCUCAGUCCACGGGGAUGUCCUGAAUGCUCUUCAUCAGGCAAGACUAUACAGCUAUGCAGUCAUCGUCAUCCAGAAAGAAAAAGGCAAAGCAAACAAUUCCUCCAGACUUGAGAUAUCAGCUACUGGCAGAAAAUGUGUGGGGUCUGGAAAGGAUGUUUCCAUGGAAAUAGGAACAGAUCCAAACCUGGAUAUGAAUGAUGUCAUCUGUGUUGAAUUAUUGAAAACUUCUGCUGGCUUGGGGUUCAGUCUUGAUGGUGGAAAAGCUUCCAUUGCUGGAGACCGGCCCUUGCUUGUAAAAAGAGUAUUUAAAGGUGGUGCUGCGGAGCAAUCUGGAAACAUAGAAACUGGAGAUGAAAUUCUUGCUGUUAGUGGAAAAUCAUUACUUGGCCUCAUGCAUUACGAUGCCUGGAACAUUAUUAAAUCUGUGCCAGAGGGCCCUGUUCAGUUACUAAUCAGAAAACACAGAACUUCAGUAUGAUGGAAGCACUACAUCUAAUCACACUUGCUAAGACAAAACAUUUAAAACUGGCUAGAAGCUGUCUUUGUUUCUAAAGCCACACAGAAGUGUCUUAAUGCUCUACCAAGAGGUGCUAAGAGCCUUGGAGAACCACUGAGCAAGCAUGUGAUGAGCAUCAUAAAAUCUCACCUAAUUAUUGGGGAUAAAGGAAGCCAAAUGUUAGAGACAUUUUUGUAUUAUGUGGCAGUUUUAAUGGAACUUCAAGACCUCUCCUGGGUUUGGUUUAAAGUAUUUUGACUGAGAUAGAUAAAUAACACUGUGCCUGUCCCUGAUAUUUUUAGUAUCUGCAGAGUGUUGGGAGUAUAACUUGUUGGUUGCCAUCCUGUUGACAAGGAUGGGUAUUUAGACUGUACUAUAUCACUUCGCUGUAAUAAGACUUUAGGACACUUACUUAGGGUCUGGUCCUUUGUUGUAAUAAGAGAAUGUCUGGAACAAUCUCACUUUAUUCUUCUAAGUCCAGUUUUGCUAAAAAUGCAUGACAAGAGAGUAUAAUUUUGCACAACUUUUAUGCCUAAAACGUGAGCGUUUUAUUGUGAAGCUGAAAAAUCUUCUUAAAACUGAUGAACUAACUCAGCAUCCACCACGACUGAAUCUGCUCUUAGAUGCAACUUGUAUCUGAAAGCACUUGGCAUUAAUGUGGUAGAAAUCUUGAGCAAGAAAAUCAUGCCCAAAUAAUAGGUGAUUGUCCACCAAGGUGUAGACUGAGUUGUUAGUUGUGAUUAAAAUGGGAGCGAUAAAAAUUGGGGUCUGAAUUUUCAAAUUUAGGCUUCUAAUGUUAGGCACCUUUAAAAUAUAUAUAUAUUUUUAAAAGAGGGAUAAUUUUAGGUGCUGAGCACUUGCAGAUCCCACAGACUUCAGUGAUCGCUAAGUACGUUUGAAAGCCGGGCUGCUUUUAUUUGGCUACAAGAGCUUUAGGGCUGCCCGACUUGAAACAGUCAAGCUGGAAAAUGGUGGUCUAAGGAUGUGGAUUAUAACAGAUUAAAUAUGAACUGGCCAUAUCUGUGGUGGCUUUUAAUCGCUCUUUUUUGUUUUCUCUUGUCCAGUAUUUAUUUUUGCUUGUGUGAGAGUGGGUGAGGAUGUGUGUGGAAGACAUCAGUGUGCCCGGCCACAUCAGGAAUGGGCUGAUGCUGAGGGUUCUGGAUGGUAAAACGAAAAACUGUUUGUAUAGAUGGGAGAAACCAUACAGCAGAACUGAAAGGGUUGCAAUGCCACAGGCGCUUAGUUUGGAUUUUCUCACCUCUACUCACAGUAGAGGUAUCAGUAGCAGGCCAUGCUGCUGAGUGUUAUUUAUAGUCUGCUGUGUCGGGAGGAGAGUGUGUGGGCGCAUGAGAUUAGGCUGUGUUAUUUCUCUUCCUACAUUGGGGAUAGCUAAACAGCAUAGAAGAGAUACAGGAGGAAAUGGGCCAGUGUCCCUUAUCAGCUGAGAACAAGUUGUUUGUUCCAGAGUGCUCAGGUUGUUUGUCACGUUAGGCUGGAGACCGCUUGCAGCCAACAUGCCCAGGGUGAAAAGCUCUCAGCCUGGAGCCAGUCCAAAUCUGAAGUGCUGCCUACAGUUAUAGUGAGCCAAGAUGCUGCGUAGCUGUUACAAAAAGGUCUGGGCCUGUCACUUGGCCCUACCCCAAGGUCAUGCUAUAGUUCCAUUUAUUUACAUGUAUUCAACAGUGCUUGGAGCAAUUGCUUCCAGGUUAGUGGAGCACUUGCUUUGGUUCAUUUCUGUGACAGCUUCAUUAGACUGCACCUCGGGAUGUGCAGGGGGAAAUUCAGUUCUGCGAGGCAACCCGAGACCAGGCAAGCAGAAAAGCUGUGCAAUGGUUGCCUGAAAAUGAAUAUAUUUAAUUCUUUUCCAGUGACAUAUUAGCAUGUGAAUCCAGGGGGAGAUGCAGCUUUUGGUUAUGGGAAAGGCAGUACUGUACAUAGCCCUACAGCUGCUGUGCCUGCAGGAUUUCUGUUGAAACUAAUUCAGGUUCAGUGCUGUGAAAUGGCUGUGAAGUUGUGUCCCCUUGCGGCCCCAAAGCUCAGCAGCUCUGUUGGGACUGGUCCUUGCCUCCAGCCACCUCCGUGGUGGGAAAGGCUUCAGGAGGAUGGAUGCAGCACUUGGGGUCGGAGGACCACACUGAGGUUGCAGGCCUGUGCUAGGAUAAAAGAGGUUACACCUGCAUAUUUGCUGAAAAACAGGGAGAAGACAUUUGGCAAUGACAAUUAAAUGGUGAGGCCUUGUUCAGGAAUGACCAAAAUCUGACUGUAGUAGUGUGUAUAAUAGAUACAUAAAAUGCAUGUGGAAUUUAAUGCAGCAUAGUGAAUACAUACCUGUAUACGUAUAAUACGUACAAGUGCAGUACUGACUUUUUGCUACUUUAAUGUGGUAAAUCACAAUUGUGUUUUAUGAAAUGGCAUUUUUUUUCAGUCCACGUUUUGAAGUUUUGGAGGUUCCAAUGCAGGGAGGCAUGUGUCUCCCUCACUCCUAAACUAGUAUGAGCUCAAAGGUAAAGUCUUCGUUUUGUAAAUUAAACUUAAUUUGAGGUGUCUUAAGAUGAUACAUGGUGAAUAUUUUCAGAUGCUUAUUUGCAGGUACUGUUUAUUGUGAGUGAUUUAGAAGGCUUUAAUUUUUCACUAAUCUAAUACUGUUCGGUAUUUUAUUUUACAUGCACGUAGAUAUGUGUUGGCUGAAUAACAGCAAAAAGAGAUGGGGAUUUUUGUGUGUGAUUCAGUAGUGGCUAUAAUUUAAAAGGUAGGUUUAAUGUUUUAAGUCUGGUAGUUACUAUGGGUAGAAUGAUGCACUUCUCUACUAACAUUACAGCAAGAAAAAGAAUAGUAUUUAACCCUGAUUGUUUCUGUUCCUGGAAAUAUUUUUAUUUUUUUUUUGGUGAAAGAACAAGAAACAUGUUUACUGAUGCUACCAGUGUUGAUAUGAUUACAGUAGCAUUUCCUGACAUCUCUGUUGGGCUGACAUUCCCCAUAAAAGCCCCAGGAUUUACGCAAGACAGGUCUGCUUCGUUACAAAUGGGAUGGGUAGACCAAACAGAUGUAGUGAACCUUUGGUUAUGUACAUGGCAAAGUAAACCUUAUUUUUCUGAGAGCCUGGUUGCACCAAAAUGACAGAGGGCAUUGCAUUAGUUCAUCAUCAGUAUUCAGUAGCUUCACGAGCAUUUUUGGCCUUGCCUUUUGCUUAUCGGUCCCCAUGGUGAUUCUUUGCCAUACCAGAGGGUUGGCCAAGGUCUAGGAGAGCGGCGACUCUCCAGAGACUUGUAGCUGCAUCUUGAAUACUAAAAAAUGGGGAUAAAAUUAUGGACUUAGUCCGUAACUCUUCACCAGGGACCUGAAGGCAUUCCAGAUAAGGCAAAUAUGCUCCUCGAUGGAGAAGGCCUGGUGGGGAUUUUGCCGCUUCCAGGCUUGGGCACCUCAGGGUGCACAUCCUGAAUGUGAGAGCAGGCUCUGGUGCGAUGCUGCCGUUGCAUCUUGUGCAGCCUUUUGUACCUGGAAGCUCUUUCUGGCUUCUGUGGGGACUGCAUCUGUAUUAAAAACUGUGAGAUUAGGCCUAAAUCAGGGAGGGAACAACAUCUGAUCAUUUUCUUGCU